AUGGAGGCGGAGGCGGAAAACCAGAGGGGUACUCCGGACCAAAUGCAAGAUGUUGAGAAGCUACCGCAUGACACUCCAGCAGCUGAGCGAGAGGGACCCACCUCUAUAUUCAAGGGCCUCGGUGUCCUUGACCGAUUUCUGGCGCUAUGGAUCUUUCUAGCGAUGGCAAUUGGGAUUAUUCUGGGGAACUUUGUUGAUAAUUUGGCACUCGCAUGGGCAUUUUUACCGGAUGAGCCCGAACUCAGAGAGGGACUAAUCCUGGUCGGCCUAGCUAGGUGUAUUGCGAUGGUCCUUAUCUGGACAGGCCUUGCUGGAGGGGACAAUGAAUAUUGUGCAAUCCUGGUCGCCGUCAACUCCUUAUUGCAGAUGGUGCUUUUUGCCCCCCUGGCGCUAUUAUUUAUCAAAAUAAUCAGCCAUUCGGAAAGCACGAUUCCCCUGUCUUAUCCCGUCGUUGCAAAGAGUGUUGCUGUAUUCCUCGGAAUACCUCUUGGUGCUGCAAUAGUCACCCGGUUUACGCUGCGGAAGAUUACUGGUCCUGCCUGGUACGACAACGUGUUCGUCAAAUGGCUGAGUCCAUGGUCCUUGAUCGGGCUCUUAUUCAUCAUCCUGGCCCUCUUUGCUUCGCAGGGGAAGCAGGUUGUCCAUCAAAUCGUGUCCGUCGUCCGUGUUGCCGCGCCUCUGCUGGUAUAUUUCAUCAUAGUGUUCUUUUCCACACUAUACAUCACUUAUCGGCUGGGCUUCGGAUACAGAUUAUCAACCACGCAAAGUUUUACCGCGGCGAGUAAUAACUUUGAACUUGCUAUUGCGGUUGCAAUUGCGACUUAUGGAGCAGACAGUAGCCAAGCUCUCGCGUCAACAGUUGGUCCGUUGAUCGAAGUUCCUGUGCUGCUUGGCCUGGUUUAUGUAGCGAAGUUUGUCGCUAAAAGGACCAACUGGAAGCCUUAA